GGCAAUGUCACGAUGCCCUUGUGUGCCCGGGCGCUCAAGCAUAUGACUAAUGUGACACUUCACAUGCAGAAAACAUGGCAGCAAGAAAGAUUCUUUUGAACCAAGAAAGCUCGCUGGACAGACUUCAUCCAGCCGGGUUUCUUCCCUUAUGUAGUUGGCGAUGAUUCUUUCUUGAGCGUGAUGCGCUUCAAAGAAAUGGGAUCAGAUGGGAAGCAUGAUCAUCAUCAAUCGCAUCUGAUUUGCCAUUCUCAGCUUGUGAAACAAAAAGGUGCCGCGGCAGACCCCUAUCCAUGCCCAAUGGGUUCGCUAUUUAACGGAUUCUUCCUGGAAGAAUCUCUUCAGUCCAAAACAUGUCUCCUCAGACCCAUUUCCCGACCUCUGCGUCCUCGAAGGAGGCGGUGACCAAUAACCCAAUCAAGUCGUCUUUCCGAAAGACGUUCUCCACCAUCCGAGCCGCCUGCAGUCCCAAGAGAAAGUCGAAGGCUGGCAAUAGAUGUCCCAAAGUGAAACAAGCCCUACCCGAAGUCGUAGUCCCGAAUCUCCACCAGCCGCGAAGCACCUUGCGCCAUCCUCCCAGUCCCAGUCCCAGUCCCAAAGCGGCGUGUCGGCUGUGCCCAUCGCGAACAACCGCCGGAAUAUCAGAGCUCCGAUCGCCCCGCAGCAGCUUCCCGAUCCCUCCCGCUGUCGACAGGCCGUGCGUUUCAGAGCUCGUGCAGCCUAUUGCGCCGUCGUAUGCGGACCUGGCCCCGCCUGUCUUCACCGUCCCGGAUUACACACAGGAAAAAGGAACCGAGGUACCACCAGCCGAGAGCAUCUCGCCUUAUUUCCAGCGGGCCGAGCUCUCGGGUGGUCUGAAAGACGCUCUGGACGAGCACGAGCGAAGAACAUCGACUUCCUCCGAGAGCACGGUCGCGGUUUUAACUGUCGAUAGAUCCCGGUCUUCUGAUGCACUACAAGAUGAGACAGAGACCAAGCCCAAGCCCAAGGGCCCCAUAGCCUCCACCGUCACGAUCUCUUCCGAGUGUACCGUGACCGGUGGGCCUCUCGUCCGGGUCCCUGCCGAUACGACCAAACAGGGCUACGCGCAGCCAGGGUUUUGGCGCAAAGACGUGUAUGACGUUGCGCUGAGAUUGAUCAUGGUCGGUCCCUCCCUUCCAGUCCUCCACAGGAUCCACUCACUCCAGAUCAUCAGAGUUCGAGCGUCCUUUUCUUGCUUUGGGCAUGCUUGACAGCCCUGCAUGAGCCGCAGACCAAGGGAUCGAUGUGGGAGGCUAGCGAAGAAAGCACGAGGGAGCCGUCCAGUUCCCGUUCCCACCGCACGGCGUAUGCCAGCGAGGAAGCUUCCAAAGGGUCACUGCAUUGACGUGUGCGUACGUACAAGGCUGGAAAGGAUCUGUAGGCAGACGCGGAUUCCAAGGAUGUACACACCCCUCUGGAGCAUGGGAGCCAAUGAGAGCCUGAGUUCAGUCGACGAUUAUGCCAAUCAUUGAGAGCACCGCGCGGCGGCUCGGCGUCGCCGUCAAACUGUCGCUCGAGGGCAAAACUUCACUUUUUUGGCAAACGCCGAAACAUAUCCAAACUUGGCACGAUCAUUCCGUCCUUUCAAGUUUCUGCUACGAUGGGGGACUCGCCGACCUCAGGCUCUCCGUCGGCUUCGUCGUCGUCAUCGGGCUCGGAGUACACACCCGAUGCUCUCCAAUCGCCUUCUCCCCGCUACCUCCGGUCGUGCCACAUAUCGCGGCCUCCGCUCGGUGCACAUGGGCGCCCGCCCGUCCACUCUAUCGUCACAUCCUCUCCUUCCGCAAGCACGAGCGCUCAUCCGGUGCGCCCCACGACGGACAUACGCGUCAGCUCCUCCGCGGCUGGGGUCCAGCCCAAUCCAGCGGGCGAGAAGAACCAGUUCCGGGUGCUAGUGAGGCAGCAGCCGACCGCUUUGGCUUCGGGUUCGUCGUUCGGCCCCAGCGGAAAGCUCAAGGCUAAACCACCCCGGGUUUUCGACACUAGCGACGACAUGAUGGAAGCCCUUCGCUUAGCCUGCGAUGAAAAUUUCGAGGUCGACUUCAGCGCGUCGUUCCUCGUCCCCCAGGUCGACGCUGAGUCUGUCUCAGACAAAGAGCGCGUCCGUCUAGCCUCCUUGGACGUGUGGAAAGCCACCGGCUACCGAUUCACAGUGAAAGACCACCCGCGCACGGAUCGCGGGCACAAAACACGCUUGUGGUGCUCGCAGGACAUCGCGCGCCGCGCCAAGACCCGCGCGCUCUCCGACGCCUCAGCGCGCCAGACCGAGGCGUGCGCGAAGCAGCGCUUCUCGUGCCGCAGCCGGCUGAUGAUCACCUGUCUCCCUGAGGGCGCGCAGGGGACGAAGGUCGUCACCGUGCGGCUGCACCACUACGAGCGGCACGAAGGCUAUCCGCGCGACACCACGCCGGACACCGCGGUCUCCCCGCAGACGGAUGUCGCUGGGGCGGCGGCGUCGGUUUCUGACCAGCUGCGGAUGGAGAGUCCGACGCCGGAGCAGCAGCAGCAGCAGCGGUAUGCGCCCCCGGAGGAUCCCGAGCCACGGCAGCUGCAGCACGUGGGCUCUGCUUUUAUGCAGGGCGUCAAUGGCCCGCUCCCGACGCACAUGCUUUCUCUACCGGACGACGGAUUGCACGCUGAUUGGGAGCCCUCAAUUGAUCCGUCGAUGACGAUGACGUCUGCGCUGCAUUCCCACUUCCCCCAUCAGCCGGCGAUACACCUCCCGGCCGAGAGCCCCCUUGCCAUAGCUCCCCCCCCGCCGCCGUCUGUGGCGACGGCGAGCCACAUCUCCUCCCUAGAUUACCACCGCAUGGACACCCAAAAUCUACAGUACACGCAGUCCUCCCAGCCACACCACCCCCUAAUGAUGACACAGCCAGCGCUAGACGACCCGGUCGCAGAAUACCCGCCCGACCUGACGCUUACGACGGAAGAGUUCCGGCGUCGGAUGGUCCGGCACAUAUCGCAGAUCCGCCAGUUCGCAGAUGGACUGGAAUACCAACUGCAGUUCAACGACUACCGCAUGCUGGCUGCGCUCGAGAUCCAGGCAGCGCCGUUUGUGGCGCUGGUGCAGAGCUGCCUGCGCACCGAGGGCAGGAUGGGUUGAUUGUCGGCUGUUGUUUUUUACGUUCUCCUUUUCGCGCGCAUCGUUGGUCGGGCACUGCGCUGAUGGGUUUUGUUGUUGCUGUCGCUGUUGUUUCGUUUUCUCUCAGUGUAUGGCUGCCGCCGGUGUAUUUCUAGCUUCGUUCGUGAUGUACUACUAUAUACAGUGAGCUGUAUUGCGUUGUUCUGUCGGCCCCGGAUUCGUUGUCUGAUAUCAAAACAGGGCACGAGAAGCAGUCCUGAUCUUCCCCCAUCUGAGAGUUUUACGAGAUUGGGUGGGAAUGGCAACAUCCAGCGCAACGACGCCCACAGCUUCUUCACGAGACCCGGCCGCCCGGUGCCAAGCCGUGGACAUGUCAACAUCGUUGCCCCCGCAGAUCCCCCGCAUGACUGCAUAGGGUUGAUUUCGACGCUAGCUGCCCACGGCCGACCUUGGCGAGCAGGGCCCAUGAGAGCGCUGUAUGAGGUAUAGUGGGUGGAAUUUCAAAGGACACUGCAGGCAGCGAUGGCAUCAUGAUGGAGGCCAGACCAUUCACCUUCUCCUUCCUGAAGCUGUUCGCGUUCUUGGGAACGUAACCAAUUCUCUGGGCAAGCCUAACCAUAGCCGAAGGAGGACGUAUAGGACGUCUAGCUGAGUUCCCCGACGACGCUCAGGCUAAACAUAGCGCGGAUUUCACGCGCAGAAUGAGGGUAUUCAGUCGGUCAUCUGACUGGGUCCCAAUUCCGACUAGAGAGCAGCCCACGCGGCGCGCGGCCCUUCUGCGCGCGAAACCUCCCACAGGAAUCACGGCCGUGCCAACGUGCCACUGUCACGCCUCGUUCGCCCGGCAUUCGAUCAAUGUCGCGACGCUCACCAGAGCGUUCUUGCGGGGCGUCUCGUGGCCCGUCGCCCACAUGGCAGCGCUCGAAAUGGGACUAAGACUGCGACCGUCUCCUGAUCAUCCAGUGGGGCUGCCCCGCGCGCGAGAACAUUCCCGCGGGAACGGGUAAGCGGAAAGACUCAAGAAACACAUGCUGCGCGUUGUGUGGUAUAAAUGCUGCAGGGAGGGGUAGCUGCAAGAGCAGCAGCAGCUCUCCCACUCUACUUUGUUUGACUCGAUCCAGCCCAGCAGCCAUGGUCCAAUUCACCCGUGCAUUCUUCGUAUUUGGUCUCGCCGCAGCGGUGAUGGCGAACCCGACGCCAAUGAUCAAGAAGCGGACCGUCGCGGCCGUUGAAUCUGACAUCGCCACCAUCUCGUCGCAGGUCACCGCGCUCGACGCGGACGUCAAAGCGUUCCCCACCUCGGGGGGAACUCUCCUUCAGGCCCUGACGAUCCACUCGGCUGCGACUACCCUCCAGACGACGCUCACCAAGGCAAACACGGAUGCCGCUGGUGUGCCUUUCUCUGAAACCGACGCGACCACCAUCCUCGCCAGCGUCCAGGCGUUCGAGCCCACGAUCCUCGACGCUCUGAACGGCAUCGUCGCCCGGAAAGCUGCCUUCACUGCGCUCCCCGUCGGUGGAAUCCCAGCUCUGGUCAAGCUCGACAUCAACAACCUCAACGCGAGCACGAUCGCCUUCGCAAAUGCCCUUAUUGCGGACGCUCCGGCCGACAUCAAGGCCACUGCGACCACCCUCAAGAAUACCAUCGCUUCCGCCUUUGCGACUGCCAUUGCUGCGUACGCUUCAAGUUGAGCGCUCUCAAGCCGCUCAAGGUGCUACAUUUCGUUCUGUUGUAUGUACGUACGAUACACCGGUUCCAGCCAAUAAAAUGUCACGGAUGAAUAAAAAGUAUACGAGUGUUGAAUCAA